CCACUCUCAUGAUUUUUUGUGUACAAGUGGCGCUUUGUAAGAAAAUCCACUGAACACUCACAAGUGUAGCAUUGAGUGAGCUACUUAACUGUUUCUUCGUUCUUCUUCUUCUCCAUCUUCUUCUUCUUUCUUAUUAGGGCUCAUCCAUUUCUUUAUUCAGCCGCAAAUCUCUCAUCUCUGUUGAAAGAAGAAAAUGCAAGGAGGAUUCCGUUCGAUUUUGUCUCAUGGCAACGUUGUCAAGAGCGCAAUUCUGCAGAGAAUGCGCAUGGUGAAUUCCCCUCAAUUGCAGCCUCUUGUGCUUAAGAGGUUCGAGUCGUCUGCUGCUCCGGCUCGCAUGGAGGAGCAUGGAUUCGAGAGCACCACGAUUUCCGACAUCUUGAAGGUGAAGGGGAAAAGCGCAGAUGGAUCUUGGCUGUGGUGCACCACGAAUGACUCUGUUUAUGAUGCUGUUCAAUCGAUGACUCAGCACAAUGUGGGAGCAUUGGUUGUUGUGAAGUCUGAUGAACAAAAGUCAAUUGCGGGAAUUAUAACAGAAAGAGAUUACCUCAGGAAGAUUAUUGUGCAGGGAAGAUCAUCCAAGUCGACUAAGGUCGGAGACAUCAUGACAGAGGAGAACAAGCUCAUCACUGUCACACCUGAUACCAAAGUUCUAAAAGCAAUGCAAUUGAUGACAGAUAACAGAAUCAGACACAUUCCUGUGAUCAAUGAUAAGGGAAUGAUAGGCAUGGUGUCCAUAGGAGACGUGGUUCGUGCAGUGGUGAGCGAGCACCGACAGGAACUCGAUCGUCUGAAUGCUUACAUACAAGGAGGUUACUAAAGGGUUAUGUAACAGCCCUUACUUUUAUGGCACUCAAGUUGACUUUGGAUUAUUAUGUUAAUAAGCUGUUUGAGUGCUUGUAAAUAUGUUUAUGGCCACAAAAGCCAUCUUGUUUUUACUCUUAGUACUUUGGAACAGAAUGUUAAUAAUCACUUCUUGAUGAUACUCUUUGGAAUUUCAUUUUUCUGUGCAUUUCA